UGUCUUUCUCUAUAUGUGUUGUGAACUCUGGAGAGAAGAAGAAGAGUAGUGAAACGGUGUCGUUGAAGAAGAUGAAGAAGAAUGAUGGUUUAGGGUGGAUUCAGUGGAUUAGAGGAUGGGUUAAUGUUGUGCUAGAGAUUAUAUUCUUGCAGAGAAUGAUGGCUUCUCACUUACAAACUCCAUUUCAUCUUCCUCCUUUGAACCACUUAACUUGCAUUGUCACUGGCUCCACUAGUGGCAUUGGCUCCGAGACUGCUAGGCAGCUUGCAGAGGCUGGUGCUCAUGUUGUUAUGGCGGUGAGGAACAUAAAAGCAGCUCAUGAGCUGAUUCAACAAUGGCAGACCAAGUGGUAUGCUAGUGGUGAGGGAUUCCCACUUAAUAUUCAGGCGAUGGAACUUGACCUUCUCUCUUUAGAUUCCGUCGUCAGAUUUAGCAAUGCUUGGAACGCACGGUUAACCCCUUUGCAUGUUCUGAUUAACAAUGCCGGCAUGUUUGCUAUGGGAGGGGCACAAAAUUUCUCAGAAGAUGGAUAUGAACAACACAUGCAAGUGAACCAUUUAGCUCCAGCUCUGCUUUCACUACUCCUUUUGCCUUCGCUUAUCCGAGCUUCCCGGAGUCGAAUCAUUAAUGUUAAUUCUGUUAUGCAUUAUGUUGGUUUUGUUGAUCCAAAUGAUAUGAAUGUUAUUUCUGGUAAACGAAAGUUUUCAAGCUUGAGAGGAUAUUCUAGUAGCAAACUCGCUCAGGUUAUGUUUAACAAUGUUCUUUUCAAAAAACUGCCUUUGGAAACCGGCAUUAGCGUCGUUUGUUUAUCUCCUGGUGCUGUCCAAACUAACGUUACUAGAGAUCUUCCAAGAGUGAUCCAAGAUCUUUACUCUGCCCUGCCAUAUUUCAUCUUUUCGCCACAAGAAGGUUGUAGAAGCUCGAUUUUCUCGGCGACAAAUCCUCAGAUUCCACAGCAUUACCAAAAGCUAAGAACGAAUGAGAAAUCAGUUUGCACAUUAUUCGUAUCUCAAAAUUGCAAACCAACAAAUUGUUCUGAAGAAGCUCACAACAUAAAAACAGCGAACAGAGUUUGGGAAAAGACAGUAGAGUUGAUUGGUCUUCCUUCUGAUACAGUGGAAAGGCUUGUGGACGGAGAAGAUGUCCAAUGUCGUUAUGGAACUCAUUAAUUAAGAGUAAAUGUGUCGUUAAUUAAUCUGUGAUUUGACUUUUCUUUCAAUGCGAAUGCUUUCUUAUGAUUCAAUCGUAAACAUUAAAAAUUUUACGAA